CCUGUGGAGCUUUGUUGCGUACUUGAAAAGAGGCAUGUCCCGAAGAGGUGCUGGAUGUCGUCACCUUUCUGGUUUCAUUAAACUUUUUUCCUUCUUGUCUCACUAAAAAUGGUGGCUUUCAGUGGACUUUAUCACAAGUUUUCCCGCCUGGCAAGCAGCGUCUCUCUGAAGCAACACAGGACGUUUGAGAAAUGGCGCAUCUUGGCCUGCAGCAACAGGAAGGACAUAAAGAGUCAGGCAGUGUCAGACGGAGAGCUGAACAUGUCGGCGCGAGGCUGUGGAGGCAGCAGCUCCAGCCUUCCAGGGACCCCGGGAGGAGACGUCAACCCCGCCAACAGUGUCCUGAGCUGGGCUGUCUCCUUUGAGAAGCUGUUAGAAGACCCCUGUGGGGUUGCUUACUUUACGGCCUUUUUAAAGUCAGAAGUGAGUGCAGAGAACAUUUUAUUCUGGCAAGAAUGUGAAAAGUUCAGGAAGAUUCCAGCCACAUCUUUGGAUCAGUUGAAAGCAGUAGCUCGCUCCAUCUAUAACACCUACGUGUCCGACAGCGCCCCCUACUGUGUGAACAUCGAUGACACCGCUAAGACAGAGGAGAAGGACCUGGAGCAGCCCACUCCUGACAUGUUUAACAAAGCUCAGGCUCAGAUCUUUAAGUUGAUGAAGAUGGACAGCUACCGCCGGUUUGUCCGGUCUCCUCUCUACCAACGCUGCACCUUGGCAAGUGUAGAGGGCAUACAUCUACCUCAGCUCUCGACAGAGCCUGUCAGCAUCGGGUCGUGGGAGGACAUGGUCAACAGGAGCCCCCCUAGUGACAAGAAGAAUCAGAAGUCCAACUCUAACAGCCUACCAGUUGGUAAAAGUGCCUCAGAGAAACAGCGACAGGAAAGAGGAUCCUGGGGAGAUGCAUCAAAUCGCCCAGGCUCAGGUCCUUUGAAGGAGUCAAACAUGUCGAUCAAUUCAACUAGCAGUGUGGAGCUUGGCUCCCUCUGCAGACAGAUGGAGAAUGGUCGACUGAGUCCCAGCUCCCGCGAUCAGCGUGCUGGCAUCGGGAGCCGUAUGGGGAUGGAGGGGGGUUACUGCUGUGUCUACCUGCCUGAUGGCAGUGCCUCUCUGGCCCCUACACGUAACGGCCAGCCAAUCAAGGACAUGCUGGCCAGCCUGUGUGAGAAAAGGGGCUUCCCUUUGAAAGAUGUCAUAAUUUACCUUCAUGGCAAGGACAAGCUGCCCUUAUCCCUGGACCAGGACUGCUCCGUGCUAAGAGAUCAGCAGGUCUCUCUUGAGCUCAGGGUGACGUUUGCGCUGGAGAAUGCCUUUACUGGUAAAACAGUGGGAAUCAAGGUGAAGUCCAGUAAGACAGUGCAAGAUGCCCUUUCUGCAGUUCUGCAGAAACACCACCUAAAGCCCCAAGAGGCUGAGGUCACCAUGGUUGGAAGUGACGAGCUUGUGAACCUGAACUGUUCUGUGUACAGACUGGCCAAUAAGAAGAUACGGUUGGACAAAGCCAAAGGUAAAGACCAGACCAUCAUUCCCAGAGGGGCAGGUUUGCCUAGCACACAGUCAAGAGCAGUAAGUGCGGCUCUGGAGCCUCGAUCAUCAGUGCAUACAGAGAGGGUCAGGACCCAGCAAAGACCCAGUAAGAACCGCGACAUGGAUGGGUUUCUGGACAUGCUGACAAGAGCUCAGUGCUGCAGAGUAGAGGACCAGAGAGGCCUUCUGACCAAAGAACAGCUAGAGAUCCCUUUAUUCCUGCAGGUUUCUUCAGACCAAGGACAAAAUACAGGCGACCCCAGUACAACCAGGUCUUCCACUAGUGACUCCAAAACAGAGUCGGAAGACAACAAAUGCACUUCGGCUGCAGCCAAGAAAUCCGAGGAAGAUUCUAAAGCUCCUAAAUCUGAAUCUAAAGACUUGAGGGAAACAACAGUUUAAUGGAUAGUUGUGUGGAAAGACAAAAUCUUGAAACCCACUGAAUAUCUAACAAAAAUGUGAGGUGAUUUAUGUAAAACAUACUUGUUGGUCCAGAUGCACUUUUUAAAUGAAUAAGCUCAGAGUUAGCAGUAUUUUCUUUGGUCUCAGCCUUUGAUCAAAUGGCUUUUUGAAGGCAAGUCUUGAUUGAAAAAAAAAAAAAAAAACCCAUUAUGGCAGACAUGUACGGUGUAAUUUUGAAACACUACACAUCCUCAUUGGAGAAUGUUUGCAAUUAAUUAAUUCUGCAUCCUUAUAUGCAUAAAUCGUUUGACCUUAAAACUGCACCCUGAAACAUGCUGUUGCUGUACAGAUUAAUUCCGUCAAACUUGCAGUCGUGUUUUUAAUGUUAACUCUAAAGCAUAAAUGUGUCAGCCGAGAAAACAUGGACAAUCCUGAACAAUCAUUUAAAAGUGAUUUCCAGGACUGUAUUUUCUGAUUUCUAAAUAUUCUAUGAAGAUUAGCUUUUAUUACUUGAAAUUUGUGUUUUUAUGCAUGUGUGUGUGCACUUAUUUUUUUUACUUUUUUCUAUGCAUGGUUUGCUGUGAUGGCACUUUGAUGCUCCGAUCAUUUCUUGUUUCCUGCCACCUCCUCACUCAGGGUCCAGAUCUUUAACCAGUAAGGUGUUGAAUCAGACAUCAGGAUGUCUGAUUCAGUGUUGCAUUACACAGAAAAAAAACAUUCAACAGACAGCAUCUGAACAAGUAACAUAUUUAAAUAUGAAAUUAGAUUGUUCAUCUUUUGCAAUGAAAUGAGCCUGAACUGAGAUGUUUUGGAUAAAUCACAGAGGUCAGUUUCUGCCAGCAGAAAUGGCUCAUGAUUUGGUUUAAAUUAUACAUUCAGUGUGCUAUAAGCUCAGUGGAGUGGUUGGGUGACUCAUGCAGAAGAUUCCAAGUCUAAACUCACUGAAUACCUGCUGUUUGAUUAUAUUUCUCAGUUUUGUUGGUUUAUCCUGAUAAAGGAAAACAUCCUUUAAGAACCCUUCAUGUAAUGUCAUUAUUGCCCAAUGAUGAUUGGUUCCAUUGAUGGGCUUGUAUGAAUUGCUUGAUAUUUCUCCAGACUUGUUGAUGGAAGAUGAGCUGCAGUGUUUCCUUGACUGGCUAGGCAUUAUACAAGUUACAAAACCUAUUAGAUGACUCAUAGAUGAUCUCAUCCCCUUGGAUGACGUCAGCAGUGUGAGUGUGUGUAUAUAUAUGUAUAUAUAUAAUAUAUAUAUAUAUAUAUAUAGAUAUAGAUAUAGAUAUAGAUAAUUUCCAAACCAUGUGGCAGCACUUGGUUUGGAAUGCAUCCCACCUACCUUGCUUUUUUUAUUAUGUUUACAUGCAAUCACCAUGAAUCUAAGCAUGAGCGAAUGAACAGCACUACAUGAAUGUGCAAAGUAUUCAGACGCAGAGAUGUGAGUAGCACAUCUGGCAUUUGCGUGUUUUCAUGUGUGCACGUCUCCAGCUGUGCGUGAGGGGUGCGUCGGCGGAGCUAUGAAUGGGCAGAGAAGGGUGUUCUCUCACACACACCGUCGCAGCUCGGGGAUGAGGAGUGCCAUCUACUCCACCGCGCGUCUGCUGUGCUGCUGAGAGGAAAGAAGACGAAGAGAGGGGAAGAAAAAAAGCUUUACAGUUUGCAGUCAAGAAUUACCAAAAGGACAAGGUGACCCAUCCUGAAGCUGCCGUAGCACUGAACUAAGGAAAUCUCCACAUCAGCCAUGGACCAAAAGACAAAUGAGUGUCCCACCUCUACAUCUCCUCAGAAGCACAUGAAGAACAGGUCUAAAUCCACAGAGGAGAUGCAGCAGUCCAGGAAGGCAUUUUCCUCACAAAAGUCUCUGCCAGGCAGACCAGAUCUGGAAAAAGUGAAGGAGUGUCCUGUUGGCCCUGACACACCUUCCUCCUCCACAGAAGAAUUGAAGUGAUCAAUAAAAUCAACAUCAAACCACAAAAAUUACUGUCAUAUAAUGUAUAAUUGUUGACAAAGAAGAAAAUGCUGAAUAUUUAUGAUCAUAGAUUGCUAGAAUCUAUUCAAGCUGUGAAUUUCAUGCUGAAACAGACGCCUGCAUCUGAUGAAGCUAUGUCAUUGUGCUGUGAUUGAUAUUGAUGUGUAGUAACAGUAAAGUGAUGUUGUUGGAUAAAUGCA